GACGGGAGGGUCCUCGGCUAAAGCCAGGAGCGGAUCAAAGUGGUGGGACUCGCGCCGCGGCCGCGGAGACGUGAAGGCCCCCCGCACGCCUCCUCCGACCCGUCGGUGCUCGCCCCCCGCGCUCUCCUGCCCGCCCGUCCCCAUGGAGAAGACGGAGCUGAUCCAGAAGGCGAAGCUGGCCGAGCAGGCCGAGCGCUACGACGACAUGGCCACCUGCAUGAAGGCCGUGACGGAGCAGGGCGCCGAGCUGUCCAACGAGGAGCGCAACCUGCUGUCGGUGGCCUACAAGAACGUGGUGGGCGGCCGCCGCUCCGCCUGGAGGGUCAUCUCCAGCAUCGAGCAGAAGACCGACACCUCGGACAAGAAGCUGCAGCUCAUCAAGGACUACCGGGAGAAGGUGGAGUCCGAGCUGCGCUCCAUCUGCACCGCAGUGCUGGAAUUGUUGGAUAAGUAUUUAAUAGCCAACGCAACUAAUCCAGAGAGUAAGGUCUUCUAUCUGAAGAUGAAGGGAGACUACUUCCGGUACCUGGCUGAGGUCGCGUGUGGUGAUGAUCGAAAACAAACGAUAGACAAUUCCCAAGGGGCUUACCAAGAGGCUUUCGAUAUCAGCAAGAAGGAGAUGCAGCCCACACACCCGAUCCGCCUGGGGCUGGCUCUCAACUUCUCCGUGUUUUACUAUGAGAUCCUCAACAACCCCGAGCUCGCCUGCACACUGGCCAAGACGGCUUUUGACGAGGCCAUUGCAGAACUCGAUACACUGAAUGAAGACUCCUACAAAGACAGCACCCUCAUCAUGCAGUUGCUUAGGGACAACCUCACAUUAUGGACAUCGGACAGUGCAGGAGAAGAAUGUGACGCGGCCGAAGGCGCCGAAAACUGACUGCCGACAGGGUGGUGUCCUCCUUCCCUCCAGAAACCUCUGUGCACAUCUCCAUUCCUCCUCCAUGUGGAUUUCCCAGAGCCAAGAAACCACCCAUGUGUAUGGAAUCAACCGUUCCUAGUCUUUUCACACGCAGCUGUGGGAAACGCCAUUCCUUGAUUUGUGUUUGUCUCGGCCUUCCUGGUGUGCAGUCACUGCUAGAGAAGUAUUAAUAGCUCCAUUUCACGUAAACACAAGUAACUUCCACACACGUACGUAGAGGACUAAAAAUGUAUUCGGUAUUUAAGUAAUCUGAACCAGCUCUGCAAGUGACUGUGUUUUGUAUUACUGUGAAGAUAUGAAAAUGUAGUUAAUUACAAGUUCAAGAGUGUUUUACAUAACUUCUUAAUUUCUACAUUCCCUCCCUGACUCUUUGGAGGUUUCCUAUCAGUGAGCAAGUUCCCAUGUUCUUCAUGUGUUCCUUUGGGCAGGAAUCCGGAAGUGUUGGAUUGAAGGGGAAAGCAUUUGGCAAUUCUGGGCUGCGGGUCACAGAUUGAAAUGCCUCCUGUGUCACAGGGCGGAGGUCUGGGGUAGCUGUGACAACAGGGCGUUUCCUUAUUCACUCUUCAUUUGCUGCUGUUUCAGUUGACAACUUCCCUUCCUAAUAAAAAUUCACUUACACCUUC